GGCCCUCUGUGCUUGGGAAUCACUUCCAGUCCAUUCAGACUCUGGUUUGUUUCUCAAAAACUACCAGCUCACCUUUGAAUCCCUUGCCAACAUGCCACCAAAGAAGAUUGAACCAAAAAAGCCUGAGCCCAAAAAGCCAGAGCCGAAGAAAGAUGCGGCUCCGGCUGCUAAACCAGCUCCGCCUCCCGAGCCGCAGCCCGAGCCACCCAAAGAACCCGAGUUUGACCCCAAAAGCAUCACUCUUGAGUACUCCGCCGACCAGAUUGAGGAGUUCAAGGAAGCUUUCACCUUGUUUGACCGCACGCCAACUGGUGAGAUGAAGAUCACUUAUGCCCAGUGCGGGGAUGUGAUGCGGGCUCUGGGCCAGAACCCAACCAACGCAGAUGUGCUGAAAGUGCUGGGAAAGCCACGGCCAGAGGACAUGAGCACGAAAAUGGUGGACUUUGAGACCUUCUUGCCGAUGCUGCAACACAUCUCUCGUGCCAAAGAUCAGGGCAACUUUGAGGAUUUUGUGGAGGGGCUCAGGGUUUUUGACAAGGAAGGCAAUGGCACCAUCAUGGGCGCAGAGCUGCGUCAUGUGCUGGCGACGCUGGGAGAGAGGAUGACGGAAGACGAGGUGGACAGACUGAUGGCUGGACAGGAGGAUGCCAAUGGAUGUAUCAAUUAUGCCUCCUUCGUAAAGCACAUUCUCUCUGGGUAAACUGGACUUUAUUUGGCAAUAAAGACUUCAUUUUAAACAGCUUUCUCCACAUUCUGGACUCGUGUUUUACAUUUUAACACUGAUAGGUGAGGUUGUCAUUUAAUCAGUGGCGUUAUUUUUAUGCUGUCAAAACGCAGAAUGAAGUGUUGAGCGGAAAAAAAAAAUGUUGAUUGCAAAACCUAUGGUUGGUUCUUUUUAAUAAAUGCUCUGAAAUAUAAUGAAAUGCCACCGAGAUAAUAUGGACAUCAAUCAAUGGAAGUCACUUAAUAAAAGAA